AUGGUGGAAGGAAGUCAAAUGAAUAGAGAUUACAAUUGUCAAGAAGGAGACAAUCAUAGAUUGAUAGUUUAUAAAAAUGAAGAAAUAAUGCAAAAUAUAAAUGAAACUAAGUAUUUUCAAAUUAAUACUGCUAAUUUUAAUGGUCCAAAGUAUAAUGCUAUAUUAAAUUUUGGAAGUAAUUCUAUAUUUAAUUUACAAAAUAUUCUUUAUAUAGAGGUACCUCUUGAAAAAUUAUAUUUACCAAACUCUGAAAGUAAUACUCCUUAUAAUUAUAUAUCCAGUAAAGGUAUAAGAUUUUUAUACUGUCCAAUUGAUAAUUUAGCAAAUCAUAUGUAUCAUUUUACAAAUUAUAAUGGUAAUAAAUUUUUAAGAAAAUAUCAUGGUUCUAAUAGAUGUAAUGUUGGUCAUUGUGAAAUUGGUCUUACUCUUUAUAGAAAAGAUCAUGAUGCUAAUAAACUUUUACAUGGUGGUUUAAUUAAUUAUUCUUUUUAUAUAUCAAUAAAAGCAAAACCUGAUAUGGCACUUCUUUUUAGUGGAGUUGAAAUGAAUAAUAAUGUAUAUCCUUUAGUUCCAUGUCCAUAUAUUGGUUGGAUUGCUAAUCAUGUAAAUGCUUCAUUUGUUCCUUCAGAUUAUGUAUUAGAUAGUUAUAUAAAAAUUGAUGAAGACUACAAUAGGCAUAGAUUAAUGCCUGCAUAUAAGCAUACAUCUUAUUAUAGUGGUAUUCCUGGUUCUAAAACUAAUGCAUUUAUAUGUGGUUAUAUAAAACAAAAAGAUCAACCAGAUUUACCUGUUGGAUUUGAAUUACAUAAUAAAAAUCAACAAAUUGAACCUGUUGAAAUAAAAAUGGAUGAAAAAAAAAUAAUGUGUAAUGGUAUAGAUAUUUCAGAACAUUAUAAAUUUGGAUAUUUAGAAGCAUCCUAUAAUCUUAUUGCUAAUAAACUUCAAUUUGAUUAUUUAGAUAAAGAUAUCAAAUUUUAUCAUGGUCAAAUAUUGUAUGUAUAUGAUCGAGAAAUAAUUGAACAUGAACGUAAGGAAGCACUUAGAAAUAAAAAUAUCCUAGAAAAUGAUUCUCUUUUUGAUAGCAAAUAUUUUGAUGAUAAAAUACAUUAUUAUAAUCCAAUAUGUUAUGGUAGAAUUAAAGAUAGGUCAGCUGUAUUAAAACCAAAAGUUGGAAAUGUUCCUCAAAAAGAAAGUGGUGAAAUGACUUUUAAAGUUGCAAAUCAAGGAGCUAAUAUUGGUAAUAAACUUUCAUGUCAUGCUGUUAUUGAUGGACUACCUGAUGAAAGAUUUUCUGAUUUUUAUUUAAAAAGAUAUAAAACAAAAAUUCAACGAAUUAAGAAUCCUAAAGGAGAAAAAGUUGAUGAGAAAAAAGUUGAUUCAUUACCUAUUAUUGAAGAUGUUGAUAAAUUUUUUGGUACUUAUAAAUGUGAAUUAGAAGAAGACGGUGGUUUUGAUUUGAUUUUACAAAAAGAAUUUACUAUUAUACCAGAAAAAUCAGUACAUUAUAAAAAUACUGUUCGUGGAUCAAGUAGUGAUAAAGAUAUUUUAAAAUGUAAUUUAAAAAGCAUUGAUAAUCUAAAACUUUAUGAAAUGAAAGUAAAUGAUGGUAUAGAUAAAAUUAAAAUAUUUAAUUAUUAUAAAAAAGAUGAAUUUAAUGAAAAUUUUAUACUUCGAAAUGAAUAUAUAACAUAUCAUCCUUCUAAACCUGAUGAUUAUAAAAAUAACACUAUUGUAUCAUGUACAUUUGGAAUACCUGGUGAUAGCAAUUCAUUAUACGAAACAACCUAUCAUAUAUCAAAAGCAAGUACUGGUUUAAAAGAAGAUGAUGAAGCAUCUAAAAAUAACAAAUUAUAUAUUUUAAUAGGUUGUUCUGCCGGUGGAGUACUUUUGCUUAUCAUUAUCGUGAUUAUUAUUGUUAUUUUAAUUAAAAAGAAAAAGGCAUCACAAACAACAACAGCACCAAAAUUAACAACUAAAAUAACAUUACCACCAAAUAGAAAUAAACAUUCUUCUAGUAGAGGUAAAGACAAAAAAAAAUCAUCCUCAGUAUCAGUAAGUGUUUCCUCAAAAUCAUUAAAUAAGAAUUCAAAAUCUAGAACAAAAUCUAAAGUAUCAAGUAGUAGAUAA